AUGCCGUCAAAGAUUUUAACCAUUUUGUGCUUUGUGUUCUUGUGUGUCGUCUGCGUGUUGGGCUUCCUACCCAACAGGUUCAGUCUUCUGUCGUCUGACUUCACACACCAGGACAUCACAGAGGCCGCCAUCUUGAGAGCUGUGGCGGAGAUGUUCGAGGAGGCGCCUUUGUGGAGGAAGUCUUCAGGGCCUGGAACACUCAUUACCAUGAAAGAGAUAACAACCAAGGCUUUGUUCGAUGCGUACAAGGGUGGAACUGUGUCUGAGAAACGGUUCCAGGAGGCCAUCGAUGACAUCGUGAAGGCCAACAACAGAGUGGACCAGGACCACUACUCUGAGGCUGCCUGGCACGUCAACGGGGAGGCCAUCAAAGAAGCAAAUGACAAAAUCACAUCACUACGGGCAACGGCAAUCUUCAUCCUGAAUCAAACCAUGCCGGACUACAGGGCUGCUCGAGGUCUGAUUGGUCAGUUUCUUCACAUUGUCCAGAUGUUCUACAGCAACACCAACUGGCCGGAACUCAGUGGAAGCGCGGUCUAUGACUCUCUAGGUAUUCCCGGCAAACAGUUGAUGGCAGUAGCACCCUCCUCCAUAGACACAUGCAAGUCGUGUAGGGUAUCUCCCGGAAUCAAUUGCAGUGACAACAUGAUAGAUCUGGGGUCACUCUUGACCAGCGGCUACAGAAGUGGACAAGACCGGAUCAAACCAUUCAAAGAUCCACGGACGCACCAAACUGGCAAAUGUAGUCACGGCGGCCCCCAUGACACGUACAGCACGACGUCUGCUGCAACUGGCGGCAUCAACAAGGACAGCAGCGACCCCAACACGUCUCCCCACUACUACCUCCACCACCAGGCUGCAGAGGGCGCUAUACGACAUACAAAGUUCUUUUUGGAUGAUCCGGUGUAUGGAUUACGCCAUCUGGUGGGAGAUGAUAAGUUCCAAAAACUCCUUCUAAUCAAGGCGGAUAACUCCAUAGUUUUUGUGAUAGACUCUUCCGGAUUUUCGAAGAAAGAUAUGACUACUCUCAAAGCAGCUGCAGCUGUAAUUAUGGAGGAAGCAUCGUCACAAAUCACCAACGAUCAGACAGAAUACAUCAUUAUGGCAGAUGGAGAGCCAGGAAGUGUACAGAGCGUGUACAGAUCCAGAAACUCUGUGGAAGCUCGGCACUACAUGGAUGCUCUCCCCGUGAAUGAAGGCACAGCAUGUCAGCAGUUCAGCCUUCACAAUGUAGAAGCAGCUGCCAACUUGGCCUACCCGGGUUCUAAGAUCUACGUGUUGACAAACGCUCCACCAGCAGACACGGACAGAGCAAAUGACAUCAUCAGGAUAGUGACAGAGAAGAGGAUUUCGCUGGAGUUCUACCUCACUGGAUACUGUGAGCGUAGGACAGGAAGGGAGAUGCGUCACGGAGAAACCAGACGUCGGCGUUCAGCUGGUAUGGACCUGUAUUCAGGUCUAGCCACAGCCUCCGGGGGGUCAACAUAUGUAACAGACAAAGGUGGAGUCGCAAAAAUGGCAGAUAUCAUUAAGGAAUCUGCAACAACAUCCGGCACGACAAUUCUGAAGAUGGCUGUGGAUGCAGCUGUGAAAAAGACGAUUGAUGUCCCGAUUGAUAACACUAUCCGAGAGUUGACUAUCAAGAUCAUAUCAAAUGCUGGCACCACGGGUGAACCCGUCAACACCCUGUCUGACCCACACAAAACAUCUGUCGCCAUGACAACCUCAGGCAACGUCACCCUGAAGGAUCUUGGCGGAGGAUCCCCCCUGCCCGGAUUAUGGCAUCUGACGAAGAAGGACAGUUACCAUUGGGACCUGGAGGUGACCGCCCAGAGCACCAUCGACUUCAGCACCAAGUUUGUACAGACAAACCCCUUGAACGGAUUCCAGUAUGAGAUUACAGGAAGACCUAUUGCAGGUGACAAGGCUACUGUUAUUAUAACCGUACCGUCGAUAGACAAGAUAGGGGGAAUAGCCAAGGUUAUUCUCACAGACAGUAAAGGUGCAGAACUAGAGUCAUCUUCCUUGACUCAGGGUAGAGGUCGGGCUUCAUCUAUAUUCAAAGGAACAUUCACCCUUCCAACAAAGGCGUUCCAAGUGACUAUUCGAGGUACUGACGAGCCGGGCAAUAUGCUACAGCGUCUGGAACCAACCAAGAUAACGCCAAUAGCUGUUAAGCUGAAGAUAGGAACACUUACAGGGUCUCUGUACAUCAACGAAGAUCUGAAGAUCCCCUACACGGUGACCAAUACCGGGGACAGCAAGACCACCAUAGCUGUUGACAUCACAGACGAUCAGGGCUUUGCUGUCAGCCCAUUAAAGAAGUCGUUUACACUGGAAGGAAACAGCAGCGCCACUGGUAGUUUCACGUUGCAUGCUGGGAGCACAGUUGGAGUAACCACCACAGUGACAGUAUCGGCACAGCCAUCGGGGGUAUCAGGCCACAGUCCUCAGUUUGAUACCCGCAGGAUCACUGUGGAGGAACACAUCGUCAGGAAAGUGGACAACACGACCCCUGAGUGUAACGUCACCUCCAUGACCGGAAGUUGCAGUGUGGCUCAGAUGGAUCCGUGUAGUUGUCACAUUCACACGUGGUCAGGGACGGCGGUGUUCGGGGAUGUGGGUUUCGGGUUGUUCCAGAUAUCGUCCGGGACGUCGGGCAGCUUCACGUACGACAACUUCACCAUGGGACAUACCAUUGACAAGGGGGGUCAAGACGGCCAGAAUAGGGUAGGGAAUAAUUGA